ACUUAUUUGGAAAGCAUACAAAAAUAGGAUAAAAUAGCCAGCGGCGGUGGCACCUCAUCGCAACCCGCCGUGGACCGUCGUGAUGGUCUGAUGGAAAUGGCUCCGAGAAGUCGCGAGAGAAAACACCAGCUUUCGCCUUCCAUCUUCAAUUCUUCAGCUUUGAAAGUUUCUCCGGUAUCUUCCUCCAUCAUCCCUUUGUCAAUUUCUUCUUCCAAGCUCCCAUUUUGAUUCUGUGAAUGUGACUCUUUAUUACCCUUUUGGGUCCUGCAAAACAAUACCUCUCUCAUUGACCCUAUAUUGCCACGCGUCAAUCAAUCUCUCUGAAUAUUGUUGCCACAAGAGAUGAUCCAAUCAUUGUUCACUGUCAUAUUCUUGGAGGCGGUGGCGAUAAUGAUGAUCCUUUUUAAAACCCCCUUGAGGAAGCUGGUGAUCAUGGGCUUGGAUCGGGUCAAGCGCGGUCGGGGACCCGUGAUGGCGAAGACCAUGGGAGGGACGGUUCUUGUGAUGCUGUUAUCUAGUGUCCACAGCAUUCUGAAGAUUCAGAAACGAAGGAUUGAGGACGGCGCCAUCAAUCCCACUUAUCAGGUUAUUGUGGCUAAGCACCUUGUUGAAGCAACUCUUAUGGGUGCUGUCCUUUUUCUUGCACUUAUGGUAGACAGACUACACCAUUACAUAAAAGAACUCCAAAUCCGAAGAAAUAACAUGGAGGCUAUGAAGAAAGAAUCCGAAGAAUUGAAGAAAGAAGCCCAAGAAUUUAAAGCUCGUAAGGCUGAAGAAAUCAAAGCCUUGGAAAAAGAAAAGGCCAGAUUGAGCGAAGAACUAAAUCAGCUGGAAUUUGAACUUCAGGCCAAAAUUAAAAGUGUAAGUACUGCAAAAGUCAAUGCAGUUGCUCUAAGGAAACAAUCUGAGGGAUUCCUUGUUGAAUACGAUCGUGUACUCAAGGAAAAGCAAGACCUGCGUGGCCAACUGCAAUCAUUGGACUACCAGAAAUUGUCACGCUCAGCUAGUAAGAAGAAUAUGUAAGAAACAUUUUUGCAGGAUGGAGGUGGUUUUCCAAUUGCCUGCCAUAAAUCCUUUUUAAGAUGUUCCUUGAGGAAUAGGCUUUCAAAUUUUAGCUUUUUUGAUGAGGUGGAGAGAAUUUGGAUCAAUUUUGCCCUGGUAAACUGUGAUUUUUUUUUAAAUUGAUAAGAUAAAUAUAGUGCUGUCCUGUACUGUCUCUGUAAAUUUUUGUUUUUUGCCAGAUGUAUAGGUGAUUUUUUUUUAAUCGAAAAUUUUAUUACUCAUGUUUCACCACUUCAUGUUGAAAGGAGGGAAGUGACUAGAACUAGUGCUUGGUGGUAUAUACAUGUUAUGCCAGAGAUCAAACUUGGAUUCUCUGAAGUAAGGAUCCAGGUGAAAUAAUGAGAGAGAAAGGGAGAUAGCAAUAUGCCAAUGGGUCUUGCCUCUGCCCACGAGUCCACCUUGCUCCCUCUCUAUCUUUCUCAUCAUUUGGGAGGGAAGUACUUCAAGGGAUCCAUUUUCCCCUUAACUCUUCUGCACUUGUCAUUGCCUUUUUGUUGGGCUCCCCUCUUAGGAGGGUGCUCUCUUCCUGACAGUUCAAUUUUUGUGUUAAACAGGUACAACCAUCUUAAUCUUUUUUAUCAUAUGAUUAAAGAUAAGUUCAAAUACUCGCUUUAAUAUUUUUUAGCCGAAUUAUGAAUUAAUCUAAGGAAAAUAAUUGAAAAUUGUUUAUAUCAGAGCGGUGCUGCAUUCUUUUCCCAUUCAUUUAUUUUAAUUUUUUGGAGUGUUUGGUUUAGAGGAUUAAGAAAAACAAGAAAAGAAUGGAAGUCGACUAAUGUACCUGGGCUAGCUUUUAACCAUGCAUUGGCUCCCUUCCAUUUAUUUUCCUUACAACGAGAAGAACAAAAUUAUUGCUUAAUAUCGGUCAAUUCGAAGCUCAUGAUGUCAUUCCCUUUUUUCUUAUCAGAGUUAUUUCAUUGUUUUGCUUCUUAAUUUGUUAUUUUACUACUUUUAUGUGAGUGAGCAGAAGAUUAGGCUUGAGAUUUCUUACUUUUUUUUAUUAUUAUUAGCAACAGAUAAUUGAAGCAUUUUUACAAAGCAGCCUCUCAAUUUUGAGUGCGGUGAUCAGCAUCAAGCCAAUGAAAACCAACACUGAAAGCACGCAUGUUGGCAACAUUAACCCGGAAGCUGUGCUAACUUUUACCUCGAGCAUAUUCAACAGAGGCUAGACCAAUGAAGGUUAAUAUGAGUAAAUCCACCUUCUCAUUGAUUUCUUGAAGAGAGUUGGCCUGCAACCCUGUUUUAAACCAGAGAGAUUGCCAUGUUACAAUGCUACAGGAAGAACAAACAAAUAAUUUUCAAUUCAAAUAUGGAAUUUGAGUCAGCUGGGAACCUACCAUAGACACAAAGAGGAACAAAGAUAAGAAAAACAGCAUCUUAGAUGGGUAAGAAAACACCCUGAGAAUGACUUCCAGGCUAGAUUUGCCAUGCUUGGAGCUGCAAAGAACAGAAAGUAACAUGGCCUCAGCGCUGUGGGAAACCGAUUGCUACUGUUUAGAUGCUGAUACAGUGUUACAAACAGAAUCAGCUAAUAUGCAUAUCCAAGUAGGAACAUUGAGAUUGCACUGUCUUUCCAACCCAUCUCUGCGCCAUGACUUGAGCAGUUUCCUUUGACUAAUAUCUGGCGUACUGGGUUCGCUACCACCGACAGAAACCGUUUAUCAGUUGUAAGCCAUUGUCCCUAGAAUUUCACAUCAAGCACCAAUAUUGGAACUGAAA